CUAUGUCCAAAAAACGGGUCGGGUCAUCAUCACAAGCCAAAGAAACGGAUCUCUGACGAGUGGCGUAACUGGCGGGCCUAGACAAAAACAGCCGCCGUGGCCAAAACCCCCUCAACAAGACAUAAAGUCUCAUCUGAAAAUCAUAACGUCGUUGCCUAACCUCGCCGGUCCAAACUUUCAAGUGGCUACAAAAUAAUGGACCCAACACCCACUGACCCACGUCUAAAGCCUCAGAAGAAAAUUCAAAAACCCAUAAAUCACACCCCUAUAAAUCUCACCCUCCUUCCAGCUUCGUCACAACUUCUUCCUGCUACUUUCUCUCUGUAAAAACACGCAGGGAGGAUGAAGAACCGAAGCUCCGGCAAGAUCUCAGCGAAAUGGAUUCCCAUUUUCUGCGUACCCUCUUUCCUUCUCGGCAUGCUCAUCACCAGCAGGAUGUGGGCUGUACCUGAAUCCAACGGUCAGCUCAUUUCUACUCGUCGGCAGGAGCAGGAGCUUCAGAUUGUGUCCGAAGAUUGCGCGACUAAGAAGAAGCUGGGACAAGAGAAGGAUGUGAUGAAUGAGAUUUACAAAACCCACGAGUCAAUUCAAUCUUUAGACAAGCAAAUGGCGUCAAUUCAGAUGGAGUUAGCAGCAGCUCGGAGUUCUCAGGAGAUGGGGGUCUCCGGUGACUCCGCUGCCACCUCAGUGUUGCAGAAGGACAAUUCAGCUAAGCAGAAGGCAUUUAUUGUGAUUGGAAUUAACACUGCAUUUAGUAGUAGGAAGCGGCGAGAUUCGGUUAGAGAGACUUGGAUGCCUCAAGGGGAAAAGCUACUACAGUUGGAGCGUGAGAAGGGGAUUGUUAUCCGUUUCAUGAUUGGCCACAGUGCAACAUCCAACAGCAUUUUAGAUCGAGCCAUUGAUUCAGAAGAAUCUCAACAUAAGGAUUUCCUCAGGCUGGAACAUGUUGAAGGUUAUCAUGAGUUGUCAGCCAAAACAAAAACUUUCUUCACCACUGCAGUUGCAAAGUGGGAUGCUGACUUUUAUGUCAAGGUGGAUGAUGAUGUACAUGUCAAUUUGGGUAUGCUAGCUUCAACUCUUGCCCAUCAUCGUUCAAAGCCUAGAGUAUACAUUGGGUGUAUGAAAUCUGGACCUGUUCUUGCUCAAAAGAGUCUUAAGUACCAUGAACCAGAGCACUGGAAGUUUGGUGAGGCGGGAAACAAAUACUUCCGACAUGCAACUGGGCAGAUUUAUGCAAUCUCCAGGGAUCUAGCUACAUACAUCUCUAUUAACCAGCCCAUAUUGCAUAAGUAUGCCAAUGAAGAUGUGUCUCUUGGUUCGUGGUUCAUUGGUCUUGAAGUUGAACACAUUGAUGAGCGCAAUAUGUGUUGUGGCACUCCACCAGAUUGCGAGUGGAAGGCACAGGCAGGAAAUGUCUGCAUUGCAUCAUUUGAUUGGAGCUGCAGUGGUAUCUGCAAGUCAGUGGAGAAGAUUAAAUUUGUUCAUGAAAAGUGUGGUGAAGGGGAUGCAGCUGUUUGGGGUUCGUUGUUCUAGAUCACUUCUUUUUGUAGGGUCUUUGCUGUCAAAACAAACAAGUACAUACAGUCCGUUCAAUAGUGAUGACAUCAAAGCAGCAACAGCAUUUUGAUUAUGGUGGAGGUGGUCAGGUGGACAUGUCCAAGAUUUUGCUUCUUCGACUCUCAGGGAAGACUUAAUGAGCUGCUGCUUAAGUUAUGCGGAAACAGUUCAUCUGAACUGUUGAUGUGACACCAUUUGUGUUUCAAGAUGUCUUCUGAUUGUAAUUCAGCGCAGGAGGAUAUAAGGGUAUUUAUACAAAUUGAUAGUUGUUUCCUGAUAUUAGUUUUAUAUAGUGAGAUAUGUUCUUAUGUAGGCCUUCCUUCCACUGUUACAGUAUAAUUACCAAUGUAAUGCACAAAAUAGAAAAGACAUUGCUUCCAUUACUUGAUAUGUGAUGAGAAUGAGAAUGAUUGAUUAAUAGAUUUCCUAUUUUUGAAGUUUUG